AAUGUCAUGGACUUGGGUUGCCUGUGUAGUUCUGAUUCAAAAUGGCGGCCUACAGGAGAUUACCUGCCCGUAGAAAUUUCCUCCUUGCUACAAAAUGGUUGGCUUGCGGCUGUCAAAAAAGAUUCACUGCAACAGCCUCUUCAGGGCGUGCUAGUUUUGAUGCCGCCGAGGACUCAAUGGCAGGGUUUCAAGAUGAGCAGGCAGAGGAGAGGUACAGAAAGUUUGAAGAGGGAUUCAAAUUGUAUGAUACUCACAUCCCCACAACUAUCGCACAGAAAGCCUUGCUAUCAGUUGGGUCAGCGUUUAUGGCACUUUACAACCCUUACAGAUCAGAUAUGGUUGCUACCCUUGGAGAGACAACAGGUUUUGUAGCACGGCAGUUGAUGCUGUACAGAAUGAAGCAAGAUCCUGUUGGUCGAGAAAUCCUAAGAUUACAGCCAAGGGUGAAAAGCUGGACUGUUGAUCUCAAUGAGAUGAGAAGCCUACAAGAGGGGACUUUUGGCAGAGAAUAUGCAAGAUUUAUGGAUGACAAUGGUCUUGACCAAGAUUCCCGUGAUGAUGUGAAGUUUGUGGAUGAUAUAGAGCUUGCGUAUGUCAUGCAAAGAUACAGGGAUAUCCACGACUUCACACACACACUAACUGGUCUGCCGACGGUCAGUGUUGCUGGGGAGAUUGCCGUCAAGUGGUUUGAGAUGGUACAGACUGGGCUACCAAUGUGUACCCUCGGGUCUAUAUUUGGGCCACUCAACCCAGAGGUCACACCCAAGCAUAGAGAGCAGCUUAGAAGCUAUUACAUCCCCUGGGCACUGAGCAAUGGCAUGAAGGCCAAAUUCAUCAUGAAUGUUUUCUACGAGAGACAUUUUGAAGAGCCAAUUGAUUCAUUAAGGAAAAAGAUGAACCUCACACCUGCUAGACGACUUGAUGGAUGGUAAUGAAAUCUCAGAUUCAGUGGAACUGCAAACCUCGCAUCACCACCAUUUUCAAUUUCAUGCAAACGCUCAUCAAAAAUUUUAAACUGCCUUCUGGCUUCCAUCAUUUAAACUAAUGGAAUUAAAUUUUGCUGCUCUUUGAUUGGUCAGCUCUUUGCAGAAAGGUGGCGUGUUUGGAAGCCAUUUAAGUGCUGGCCAAUGAAAACGCUCAAUGAUAUUAAAUGAUGGAAGUUAUAGGUGAUUUAGCAGGUUGGAAAUCGUUGAGCAGAGCUUGCGGAAUGUUGAAAAAAAAAGCAGUAUGCUUAGGUAAUGUACAGACUUAAAAGUGAAUUAUAGAUUCACUGAAAGUACUUCUAUCAAGGAAAAGAAAUAUUAUCAUGAAAUACUGUUGUGAUAAACUAUAUAUUAAACAACAUGUAAUACACAUGUGAAUUUGUAAAAUAAAGUAGAUAAAGUAAA